CAGCUGAUACGCUAUUUCUGUGGAAGCCUGCUUAUGUCAGGUGUUUGAAAUGCACUUCAGCACUUUCCAGAUAGGCUGUGGUUGAGAUGUACUUCGUUUUGAGUUAGAGAUCUCUUGACUUGUGGCUUAUUUGGCCGCUGAAUCCAAAACCAGUUAGAGAGGACACCAGUGUAUAGAAAAAUUCUCAUGUUAAGCCAUCGGGUCUUGAUAACCUGAAAAAGGACUGUGUUCGCAACAAGUCGAUAUUUACAGUUUCUUCUGGUGAACCCUGAAUUGCAAUAUGGCUGCCUAAACCCCUUGAAAGCGAAGUCUGAAGCCUGGGAGGUUCUUAGGUUUGCCAUGGCCUGGAAGUUUGCACAAAACUACCUCCCUGGCUUCAGGCUCGCCCCUCCUCUUACCAUAUUUCAUUAUGAAUAUAGUGGAAAGCAGCCAAUGUAUGUCUAAACUGAAGAGCAGUGGGAUUGAGAGUGAUCUGAGGUACGACUUGUCAUGUGAGCUCUACAGGAUCUCUACCUUUUCGACCUUCCCUCUGAACGUUCCCGUGUCCGAAAGGAGUCUUGCCCGGGCUGGUUUCUAUUACAUUGGCCUGAAGGACAAAGUGAAGUGUUACAGCUGUGGCUUGAUGCUGGAUAACUGGAAGAAAGGAGACAGCGCUUUGGACAAGCACAAACAACUCUACCCAAGCUGCAGCUUCGUUCAGAGCCUGGCCUCGGCAAAGAGUCUCGAGUCAUCGUUUCAUUCUGCCUUUUCGCCUCCUGUUACUUUGAUGGGCGCGAAGAUGGAAGUUGAAAGGAAAGCACCGAGUUUGGAUCAAAUUAACUAUUUCAGCGGGCGCUACUCAAGUUUCCCCCAAGAUCCAGUCAUGUCCAGGGCCCUGGAAGACUUGUCCAAUUUCAGGCCCAGGUCUUUCAAUCACGCCAUGAGGGCGGAAGAAGCCAGACUGCGCACCUUCCAGUCGUGGCCCCUGACCUUUCUGGCACCGUCUGAUUUGGCCAAAGCUGGGUUUUACUACGUGGGCCCUGGGGACAGAGUGGCUUGUUUUGCCUGUGGGGGCCAGUUGGGCAACUGGGAUCCCGAGGAUAAUGCCGUGUCGGAACAUCGGAGACACUUCCCCAGCUGUCCUUUUGUGAAAAACCUGUUUGGAAACCUGUCCCUUUUUUCAGUUGCUAACCCGAGGAUGCAAACCAACACUGCCCGCAUCAGCACGUUCACCAGCUGGCCCAUGACGAUUCCGGUUCGACCACAGCAGCUUGCAGACGCUGGCUUCUAUUACGUAGGUUGCAACGAUGAUGUCAAGUGUUUCUGCUGUGAUGGUGGACUCAGAUGUUGGGAGUCUGGGGAUGAUCCAUGGGUGGAGCAUGCAAAAUGGUUUCCAAGGUGUGAGUACCUGCUUCAUGAGAAAGGGCAAGAGUUUGUCCAUCAGGUUCAGGAAAGAUACCCUCGCCUUCUGGAACAGCUGUUGUCCACUUCAGACAUACCUGUGUUUGAAAACACCGAUCCACCAGUCAUUCAGUUUGAACCUGGAGAAAGCCCUUCAGAAGAUGUAGUAAUGAUGAAAAACCCUGUGGUGGAAGCUGCCCUGGAGAUGGGAUUCAGCAGAAGACUUAUUAAGCAGACCAUUCAGAGUAGAAUCCUAACAACAGGAGAGAGCUACAAGACAGUGUAUGAUCUCGUGUCCGACCUUGUCGCUGCAGAAGAUGAGAGUAGGGGAGAAGAAAAGGAAAUACAGUCGGAGGAAGUGACAUCAGAUGAUCUGUCCUUGAUCCGAAAGUACCGGAUGGCGUUGUUUCAGCGCUUAACAUGUGUGCUUCCUAUUCUCGAAAAGUUACUGACCUCCAAAGUCAUAACUGAGCUGGAAAAUAAUGUCAUUAAACAGAAAUCACAGACUCCUUUGCAAGCACGAGAAUUGAUUGAUACCAUCUUGGUGAAAGGAAACGCAGCUGCAACCAUAUUCAGAAACUGUAUACAGGAACAUGAUCCUCUGUUAUACCAGGAUUUGUUUGUGGGGAAGAAUGUGACAUACAUACCAACAGAAGAUGCUUCAGGUCUGCCUAUGGAAGAACAGCUGAGACGUUUACAGGAAGAGAGAACUUGCAAAGUCUGCAUGGACAAAGAGGUGUCCAUCGUGUUCAUCCCAUGUGGUCAUUUAGUGGUGUGUAAAGAGUGUGCACCAUCUCUUAGGAAAUGCCCUAUAUGCAGAAGUACAAUCAAGGGUACAGUUCGGACAUUUCUUUCAUGAAGGUUUAAGCGACGCAACUCUGCUGGUUGCAAAAUCCAGUCAAAGAGGGUCAGUAUCCGUCUGAUGCUGCAAGAAAUCAUAGGGUGUACCUUUUGGAUCAAAUGCUUAUUCUUUGGUACUCCAUGAGACAGCCUGAAUUGCUUGCCACUAAAACAGUAUGUUUUGGAUCUAAAUUUAAUUUAUGGUGGCAAGAUCAGCCUAGUCUAUUAUACUUAGCAGCCUUUAAAAGGGGAUGCUCAAUCUCCUCAGUACAUUCAUAAUGAUUAAGUGGCUGGCCUCCACUGUAUGCUGUAGACCAAAAUACCUGUACAAAAGUAUUAUUAUUGUAAAUUAAGCUUAAUGCAGUUGAAGCGUUUGAGCAACUGCUUUCAGUUUCUGUUUAUAUUUAUAUUAUUUUUAUAAGACUGUUCGCUAGUAACCAAUUUUGCAAGUGUUUAUGUGAGAUGUUAUUUUUUUUUAAAGCACUAAUAUUUUUAGUGUAUCUUUAUGAUAAACAAGCCGAUUGGUAACCUUUCAACAAAGCUUCUGGAAUUUUAUUUUUAGACAGUGAAUUAAAUACAGUGAAUUAAAAUGACUUUUUGGAACCUGG